AUCCGCGGCCGUGCCCGGCCCUGGCAGCAUCUCCCACCCCCCCGGCUGAGAUUUGGGACCCGGCAGCCAAUGGGAUCGGCUCCGGCACAGCCGGGGGUGCUCGGGCUCCUCUCCCUCCCUCCUCCCUCCUCCAGACCCCGCUCGCCUCCCUCUGCCACAAAAGCAGCGAAUUCGCUGACAGGGCAGCGCAGGCUCCGCCAGCUGCGGCAGAAAAUAAAAAUAAAAAUAAAAAUAAAAAAAAAAAACCUCGGAGGGGAGGGAGGGAGGGAGGAGGCCGAGGAGCUGCAGCAGCCAUGGAAGAACAGGAAUAACCUCGAUCCAUCCCUCCCUGGCCGAGAAAAAACGCGAAUCUGCGGCUGGAUGCAUCCCCGCGCUGCUCCGUGCGCAUCCCGGCCCUGGGGCUGCACCUGCUGAGCAUCCAUCGGGAGGAAGAGCAGGAGAGGAGGAGGAGGAGGAGGAGAGGAGGAAUGCCGAGCUGGGAUCGAGGCAGGAUCGCCUUUGUUCCCCGCUGAGCGCCUGAGCCCUCCUGAGGGAUCUGCCCCUCCCUGAGCCAUGGGAACCACGGAGGCCACGCUGAGGAUGGAGAACGUGGAUGUGAAGGAAGAAUGGCAGGACGAGGAUUUCCCCAGGCCUCUCCCAGAAGAGACGGGGAUGGAGUCGCUGGGGAGCCCCACAGAAGAUGAGACCACGUCCUCUCCUCCCAACACGCUGAAUUUCAACGGGGCCCAUCGCAAGAGGAAGACGCUGGUGGCUCCUGAGAUCAACAUUUCCCUGGAUCAGAGCGAGGGCUCCAUCCUCUCUGAUGAUUUCCUGGACACCCCAGACGAUCUGGACAUCAACGUGGAUGACAUUGAAACUCCCGAUGAGACAGAUUCCCUGGAAUUCCUGGGCAACGGGAACGAGCUGGAAUGGGAAGAUGACACCCCCGUGGCCACGGCCAAGAACAUGCCCGGGGACAGCGCUGACCUGUUCGGGGACGGGGCCACCGAGGAUGGCAGUGCCACCAACGGGCGGCUCUGGAGAACUGUCAUCAUCGGCGAGCAGGAGCACAGGAUCGACCUGCAGAUGAUCAAACCCUACAUGAGGGUGGUGACACACGGGGGAUAUUACGGGGAAGGUCUCAAUGCCAUCAUCGUGUUUGCUGCCUGCUACCUCCCGGACAGCAACCUGGCCGAUUAUCACUACAUCAUGGAAAAUCUCUUCCUGUACGUGAUCAGCAGCCUGGAGCUGCUGGUGGCUGAGGAUUACAUGAUCGUGUACCUGAACGGGGCCACGCCCCGCAGGAGGAUGCCAGGCCUGGGCUGGCUGAAGAAAUGUUAUCAGAUGAUCGACAGGAGGCUGAGGAAGAACCUCAAGGCUCUGAUCAUCGUGCACCCAUCGUGGUUCAUCAGGACCGUGCUGGCCAUCUCCAGACCCUUCAUCAGUGUGAAGUUUAUCAACAAGAUCCAGUACGUGCACAGCCUGGAGGAGCUGGAGCAGCUCAUCCCCAUGGAGCACGUGCAGAUCCCAGACUGCGUCCUGCAGUAUGAAGAAGAGAGGAUCAAGGCCAGGAAAGAAAGGGCAGAGGAGAAACAAGACAUGGCUGAGAGGGAAAGCAGACCCGUGCCCCCAGCAGAGGAUCAGGAAACCAGCAUGUCCUGAGAGGGAGCAGCACCGAAUGCAGCAGGAGGAGCAGCCUGGCAGUCACCCACCUCAAGGACCUUUUUGGGGACAAGACCUUGCCACCACCUUCUUCCAAGUCCUGGAAAUCCUGGAGCUGCCUCCUCUGCCUCCAAAGUCCUUCAAGCUUUUGGGAAUAAUUUUCCUUUAAAAGAACAAAACCCAAGCAGAAAACAGAGCAAGAGCAGCACUUUACAGGACAGGUUCUGGUGUGUUUUGGGAAUGAUCUGUGGAGAGAGCGUUGGCACAGUGCAAAUACUCACUGUGUAUCCUCGUAGUAAACCAAGAGCAUCCUCCAGUCCAUGAAAACCCAGCCCAGAAAGAGAAUUUAUUUUUGUUUUAAAUUAUAAAUCCUUCCCCUGACUCGCUGCUGGCCAGCACGGAGCCCUUCUGCUUUGAGCUGCACCCCCAGGAUCCUCCAGGACAUCCCAAAAAAAAACUGAAAUACCGGGAAUGAUGAUUCCAGGCAAUGGAAAGAACUUUUCCCUCCUUCCCACAGCCAGUGUGAGCUCCUUCCUGAAGGUACCAAGUGCCCAGGGCAGCACUGCCAGCUUCCAUCAUCACCCAUUCCUCUGCAACUCUGCCAUCCCAAGGGGUUUUCCUGGGUUUUUCCUGGUUUUUCCUGGUUUUUUUCCCUGUUUUUUCCCUCUUUUCCAUUCUCUGAAGGGAAUGGCAGCCCCACAGAACCUUCCCCUGAACGCACACACACCAAAGGGUCCGGGUUUGGAAGGAGCCUUAAGGACUGGGGAGUUUUCCACGCCUUGUCUUGGACAAUCACUCGCUGCUGAUACCUCCUACGAGCUGCUAAAAUGUUGGGAUUUCCCCUCGGGGGAUUCUCCUCCAGCAGAAUUCCUGCCUGGAAUAUCCCAUGGACAGGGAAGGGGCUGGGCUGGGGGCUGGAGCAGGGGGGACAUCGACUCUUGGAAUUAAAUUUUGGAUUUUGGAGCUGCAGGGGGACAUUGACUCUUGGAAUUUGGAGUUUGGAUUUUGGAUUCCAGAGCUGCAGGGGAGACAUUGAAUCUUGGAAUUCAAUUUUGGAUUCUGGAACCCAGAGCUUCAGGGGGGGACAUUGACUCUUGGAAAUUGGAAUUCAGAUUUUGGAUUCUGGAACCCAGAGCUGCAGGGGAGACAUUGAAUCUUGGAAUUCAAAUUUUGGAUUUUGGAACCCAGAGCUGCAGGGGGGACAGUGACUCUUGGAAUUCAAUUUUGGAUUUUGGAACUGCAGGGGGACAUUGACUCUUGGAAUUCAAUUUUGGAUUUUGGAUUCCAGAGCUGCAAGGAGACACUGACUCUUGGAAUUCAGAUUUUGGAUUUUGGAGCCCAGAGUUGCAGGGGGGACAUUGACUCUUGGAAUUCAAAUUUUGGAUUUUGGAACCCAGAG